AUGUGGAUCGGGAUGGUUCAGUUUGCCGCCAAUGUGGUGGAAUGGCACGAGCUUGAAAGCAUAUUCCCAAAGCCUCCCCCCCAGCCCCCUCUUGACGGGGAUCUUCGCACUAUGAUGACUAACCAUGACUUGAAGGGAUUCAAUGUUGUCAUGAUCAAGCUCGAGGUCACUGUUUACUCCGUGCCCGUUUCAUAA